CACUAUAACGGACCAUAUCAUAUUACCUCAAUCACCAAGUUACCAAACGUGAUCAUUUUACAUUUAACCGUAGCAGGGUGUUCGGAUGUUACAUUUGUCUGUGAUAUGUGUGGUGAUUCCUUCCGUUCAGCUGGUAUAAAUUAAGUAACUACGUGGAUAGUAUUACAGUGAACUGUCAUUUACAUGUUUGUUACUGUCAUGUACGUUCUUCUUUUACAAAGUUUGAUUUUAGUUCCGAUUCUCUCCUAUUUACUCAAGCAUGUCCAUGGCUUUGAAUUGUCAAUUGUUACUACGCGUUUGAUGUCCCUGCCCCCUGGCUGUUCGUAUCUUAAACAAUACUUAUGAUCAUGCAGCAGUCAAGUAUAGUAUAAUAGUUGAGUAGCUGGUGAUCAUGACUUUAAUAAUAUCCCUUACUGUGAAAAUAUAAUUAAAUUUAACGCAAGCACCGUGGAUAAAUUUAGAAUCUUAUGAUUUCAUUGACUUUUAAUAGUUGUUCAGCAGCGGAGUACACAAAAUUUACAUUCCUUUAUUGGGAAGCUGAUUGCUGAAAGUCACUUCAAAUAUUUCUGGCGACACAUUAACUAAUACAAAGCUCAGUAAAGCUGUACGUUGUCACAUAUUGCCCUUGUUGUAGUUUGCUUUGUUAACUUGUUAAUUAGGAUCAGUAAGAAUUUAUCUUUUGGCAGCCUUUCUUUGAAGGAAUGAACCCGCGAACCGUGUGUUUACUGUUUCUUCAGAACCGUGUGUUUACUGUUUCUUCGAAGUGUUUAGUUCAGUAUUAUCUCACGUAAACACAAUAUAUACAGACUGGUUUAUUGUUGGUACUUGGUCUACAGCGAUUAGUAUACCAUUACAAUCUCAGUUGUAGUGCAUUAUGUUAUACUCCUCGCAGUUAUGAAAACAACGGCUAUAUGCAUUAUGUAGUGCACCAUUUUACCACUGAAUGAAGUCACUAGACACUAGUUUUCAACUGCCAUUAAAAAUAGAAAAAUGUCGUCAGAGGCAAUUACGCAACUCGCAUACAUAUCCCUUCUUUUUAACAUGAACUUAGAAGGGAUCAUAUCAGUUACGUACUCGGGACUAGGGUAAUGACUUUAUCGGACCACAACAAUUCCGUCACUUUUGGCUUUAUCUAAUUUCCUGUCCUUAGUUUCCUUAUACAUGAUCCAGCAUUUCCUGGAUCAUUAUUGAUUCCACUCAUUUUUAUUCCUUACCGUUCUCGUUGUUUCACUUUUUCACUACUCGUUUAAAAAUGCAGCCUCCAACCUUUUCAUCCACUUCAAGUAAAACCCCCAUCUUCACAUCUGAAGGCUCCCAGGAGGGAUCACACGCCAUCAUGUUGCCGAUGGAGAAGGAGAGACAGGUGAAGAAGUCAGUAUGUCAAAUGGUGUGUCUUAUCGUGGCUCAGUUCAUUUACCUGAUGUUGGGAAGUGGUAUGUUCAUGUUUCUGGAGAGGGACUCCACUCAGAAGGGAUAUAGGAUCGCUCUUGAUCAGUUGAAGGAGGUGAGAAAAGAAAUGUCCCUGACAGCAGAGCAGGAAAACGUACUUAAAAUUGCUUUCAGUAAAGGUUUUAGUUUUCACGAUGAUGAGCUACCUGCAACAGCAAGACAUUCCUGGGAUUUUAUCUCUACCUUGUACUUCAGCAUUACUUCUACCACAACUAUUGGUUACGGGCAUCACAGUCCUAUGACAGGAGGGGGACAGUUGUUCUGUAUAUUCUUCAGUUUAGGGGGAAUACCACUGCACAUGGUCACGCUAGGUUGUAUUGGUAAACACCUCAAUUGCGUCAUAUCAAGGUUCUUAAACUUCUCAGCGGGGAAGUACAUCAACAAGGGUCAAGGGAAGAAAGAUAGUGCUACAUUCAUUGUAACCCUCUCCCUGCUUUUGUUCUUCGUUAUUUUCAGUGCUGGGUCAGUGCGCCUCAUCAUGGGGGAUGUAACCUACAUACAGGCUAUCUACUUUAUCUACGUUACCAUUAGUACUAUCGGGUUUGGGGACUUUGUCAUCAGGUUCGAGGAACAAAGUGACUAUAACCGAGUUAUGAUUCUAGCACUGUGGGCGCUAGCUCUCUACCUUGGCAUGUCCAUCCUGUCUGCCACCAUAAUGAGCAUAUCCUCUCGAACCAAGACCAGUCACAGGAAAGUGUUCGAGCUGAUGAACAGACUGGCAUUCGGGAAGAAGUACAAGAAACCGCUCAAGACAAGAGGUCAUGGACGGAGGGAUGAUGAAGCCCUGAACAGCCUGAUUAUGGUGGAUGUUAAGUUCUUGGUGGCCCAGCUUGAUUUGCAGACAGAUCCGGAUAAGCGUGCUGAAAUUCAGAGGUGGAUAGACGCAUAUGAGGAUCAAAGCUCCACAAGUGACGAUGGAUACAGUGACUGGUCGAGUAUUGAGCCGGAAUCAGAUUAUAGUCCAGAAGAGGCUGAUCAAGAUAACAAGUGUAACGGUCAUAACAACGACAUCGUGGAGUAGAGCUGUAUCACGUGGUGUUGUAAUGACGUCACGUGGUGAUGUGAUGACGUCACGUGGUUAUCUGAUGACGUCACGUGGUUAUGUGAUGACGUCACGUGGUGUUGUGAUGACGUCACGUGACGUCAUGACGUCACGUGGUGAUGUGAUGACGUCACGUGGUGAUUUGAUGACGUCACGUGGUGUUGUCAUGACGUCACCUCAAGUUUUUGUUUGACUAAGUAGUGUCGAAAUAAAUGAUUGCACUCACCCAGUAGCUAAUACAAAGUAAACAGUCCAACUUGUAUUAUACGGGGUUCUAGGAACAUAUGAUAUUAUAAUUGAUACGAUAAAUGUUUUUUAGAUGUUUUUAAAAUGAACUUGUAAUUUAUUAACAAAAUAACCAAAACUUUUCUCGAGA